AUGGCUGGUGACUUUAACUGCGUGUCGAUGACUUGGGAUGACUAUGAGCAUGGCGAGUCGUCGACGGCAAUAUUACUGCGGGAUACCGCAUCUCAGAUCAGCCUCGAGUGGGCACGACCUUCUAACCAUGGACCGACGCGGAUCAGUCCUAAUCCAAACCAGAGAUCCAACGUCUUGGAUCUUGUAUUCUUAGCUCCAUCUGAGAUCUUAAUCUCGAUGCCCAGAUUGGAGCACGAUCUCCAGGGUCUGUCAGAUCAUGUCCUGAUCUGCACAGAUCUUGAUAUCGGUCCUGAACCGCCCGGAUCUGGGCGACGGACAAUUAAACCCAGAAGCGAGGCUGAGAAGUCUUUCAUUUCGGAUAUUCUCCGGGAUCUUGCGGCUAUCCCUGUCGCAGCCCCGGCAACCAAGGAAGGCGUUGAAGCUUUAGCUGAUGCUAUCGCGACAGCGUUCUCGGACGCAUGGCUUGCCCAUUCGACCGAGUCCAAACCUACCAAGCGCUCCAAGUCCUGGUGGACGGAUGAGUGCUCGGAGACCUUCGGAGUAUAUCAGCUGAGCCGCUCACUCGCUGAUUACAACAAGUUCAAGAAGGCGUGUAAGGACGCCAAGUGUGAUUUCUUUGAUGAACACAUCACAGAAAUCGCUACCUCUCGCAAGCGCCCAUGGGACCUGAUGGAAUGGGUCAAACAGCGCAAGCUACCACCCUGUGAGGCUAUUCGCAAUGGCGAACAGCCUUGCCACGAUAUGGACGACCUUUGGGACGCCCUUCACGGCACAUACAACUCAGCCUCGGGUCGUGAGUAUGACACCUCAGUCUUAGAUGAGCUUCCCGAUGAGCCAGUCCGUGAGUGGGCUGACUUCUCAGAGCAUGAGUUGUUGAGUGCCCUUAAGGGGUGCUCCAACUCCUCUGCACCAGGACCGGACCAUAUCACAUGGGUCCACCUAAAGGAGCUGCUCAAGGAUAAACACGUCCUUGCGCUUUUCAUCGUGUUGGCCAACGCUUGCCUUCGGGUGGGUCAUUGGCUGCAUAUAUUCAAGGAGUCGCUAUCGGUUAUCAUUCCGAAGCCGAAUAAGCCCUCCUAUGCUGUACCGAAGGCCUUCAGGCCGAUCGUACUCCUCAUCACUUUUGGUAAACUUAUCGAAAAGAUGAUUGCCAAUAGGAUACAGUUUGACGCGGUCAAGCAUGAUAUCUUCCAUCCCAACCAACUUGGCGGCAUCCACCAAAGGUCAACUGAGGAUGCUGGAUUGAUUCUGACCCAUCUCGUGCGAGCGGGGUGGGUUAAGGGUCUCCAGACUAGCGCGCUGGCUUUUGACAUCGCGCAGUUCUUCCCUUCUAUCAACCAUGAAAUGUUCAUGGCUGUACUUCGUAAGCAAGGGUUCUCGCCGGUUCUGGCGGAGUUCUUUGCCUCCUAUCUUGUUGGUCGUUCCACAGUUUACUGCUGGAACGCCUUCCAAUCCGACUCGCGGUCUGCGGACAUGGGUGUCGGGCAGGGCUCAGCUCUCUCGCCUGUUAUCUCUGGGCUGUUCAUUGCUCUGGUAAUGAAGCUCUUCUACAUCAAAGCGGCACCGCUUAACAUGACACUGCUUUCCUUUGUGGAUGACGGAACCAUUCUGGCCCAAUCCAAAAACAACUCGAUGAUAAUAAUGUGGGCCUGCACUGAGUUGUUUCACUUUUCGUGUCGACGAGAUGCCUACAAUCCCUCACUGGACCUGGGGUACGCCCCUCAUACCAGUGCAACACCUUUGAAGCCCAAGACCUAUUGGAGGUACCUGGGCUUCUACUUUGACCGCAGGCUCACAUUUCAUGAGCAUGUCCGCUACUAUGCCACCAAGGCGUUCACCACUGUGCAGGCCAUGCGCAUGCUCGGAAACUCUACUAGAGGUCUGUCGCCUAAACGGCGGCGCCUCCUCUACAGAUCCGCUCACAAUAGAGGCGCCAUGAACCAGCUAAAAUGGAUGCAGCGCAAAGCUGCUCUAUGGAUCAUGGGUGCUUUUCGCACCUCCCCCACAGGCAGUCUUGAGGCCUUGGCAGGUCUCAUCCCUGUCCACCUUAUGCUGAAGAAGUUGGCAACGCGCGCAGUGUACUGUGUUGCCACCCUCUUGGACACCCACCCCCUUUGCUCUAUGAUGGGCGAGGGACUCCUUAAGUGA